AGAAGAAGAAGAAGGAGAAAAAGAAGGCAAAGAAAAAGGUAAGGAUGUGGAUGAAAGACCUGCUUACAUGGAUGACUUUGAUGAUGAUUUUGGUCAGUACAUGAAGGGUGAGCAUGAUGUAGAUCUUUUCCCUGAAGAAGAAGUUUUUACUCCAGUAGAUCCUAGCAAAAUGGAGGUAAAAACUAGAUUUGCAAAUAAGGAAGCAUUUAAGAAACAUCUCAGGGGUUAUUGUGUUCUUAAUAAGUGUCAAUAUAUUUUGGAUAGAAGUGCUCCCUCUAGAAUUAAGGCUGAGUGUAGGUUUAAAACAGAACAUGAUUGUCCUUGGUUUGUGUAUGCUAGCAAGAAAGAGGGUGAGAAGACUUUUGUUCUUAGGAAAGUGAAUUUGGAACAUAAGUGUGAAGGGGAUCCCCAAAAUAGGAAUAGAUCUGUUGAUCCUCAUUUUGUAAAGGAUUUUGUUCUUGAUCAGAUGAAGAAUAAGCCUAAAAAAGUUGUUCCAGACCCUUAUAAAAUCAAGGAAGACUUCUUAGCUGAAAAGAGAGUAAAUAUACCAUAUCAGUGUGCAUGGAAGGCUAGGAAUCUAGUUUUAGAGUCAUUAUAUGGGAACUAUAAAGAAAGUUACAAUGAAGUACCAGCAUUCUGCAAGAUGUUUACAAAAUGCAAUGAUGGGUCUGUUGCUAAGUUCACUUUUGACACAGUGAAUAACACCUUUGAAAGCAUGACACUCUCAUUUGAACCUGCAAUGAGGGGUUGGCGAAAAGCAUGCAGGGGAGGUAUAGGGCUUGAUGCCUGCCAUCUAACAGGGGAAUAUGGGGGAGUAUUGAUGGCUGCAACUGCACUUGAUGGACAGAAUGGGUUAGUAAUGUUAGGAAUUAUGGUAUGCAGAGCUGAAACAAAGGAAAAUUGGAUCAUUUUUUUGAAGCAUUUGAAGGAUGCAAUAUUAGCACAUCCAGUGAAAGUGGCUUUCAUUUCAGAUAGGCAAAAAGGUUUAUUGGAAGCUGUUGGUAUAGUGUUUCCUGGCCAUCACCACAGAUACUGUUGGAGACAUUUAUACAAAAAUUUCAAGAAGGAUUACAAGGGUCUUGAAUUAUACAGUUCUUUAUGGAAUGCAGCAAAAGCAUACAAAGAAAAGCAUUUUCAGGAACAUUUUGACAAUAUUGUGAAACAGAGUGCUGCAGCUGGUGCUUAUCUCAGUAGAGAAGAUCCUGCUACAUGGUCCAGGGCCUUUUUUAACCCUAUUCACUGUUGUGAACAUAUGAACAACAAUUUUUCAGAGUCUUUUAACAAUAUGAUCAACAAGAUGAGAAAUAAACCAAUUAUAAUGAUAGGAAUAAUGUAUGCUAACUUAGUGAUGGGUACAUGGUACAAUAGGAGGACUGAAUCUGCAUCAUGGUUAUAUAUGGUGACUAGUCCAAAGAAUUCUGUGUUCACAGUGAACAUACUUGCCAAGACUUGCUCUUGUUUGCAGUGGCAGUUGAGGGGGUUCCCCUGUAUGCAUGCAGUGAGUGCAUUGCAUAGCAUAAGGCCACAAUGGAGAAAGUACUGCAGUGAUUACUAUUCAGUGGAGAACUAUAAGGCCACAUAUGCACCAACUUUUGCACCACUAGAUGAUAAAAGUGAAUGGGUCCAGCCAAACAUGAACAAGAAGAUCUUGAACCCUCCUCGCAGUAGGAAACCAGGAAGACCCAAGAGCAAGAGGGUAAGAAGUUAUGAUGAACCUCGUGUUGAGAAGACAAAAAGGAGGUGUGGGAAAUGUGGAAAUGUUACUAACCACAACAAAAGAACAUGUGCUGGUGGUGAAGUGGGAUCUAAUCCAACUGCAAAGAGGCAAAGGACUGAAUGUGAUGCACAAAGCUUCACCUUCAGCAACAUAGAGCCAAGUCAGACCACCGGAGUUAGGGGUGCAGCUAAGUCAAACAAGAAGAAGAGAACGGCAUCAUUUGUUGGUGAAUGUUUUACAGGGCCUGGCAGUCAGCCUUUGGCAACACCAUCUUCUACUCCAGCUUCCACAACACCUAUGAGUCUGCCAUCUAUAGCACCAUCUUCUACUCCACCCUCUACAAUAAAUAACCUUUAUCAGAACUUCUUUGGCAUUGGAUCUGUAUCUCAGAAUAUAAAACAAGGAAAGGGAAGGGGAAAUGGAAAUGCUAAGAAGAAAUGA